UCCGCCGGCCGACGUGGAGGAGAGCGGCUCCGCGGGGCGGAGGAGGCCCAGCCAGCCCCCGGGGGAGCGGACCCCAAGGCAAUUCUUGAACAGAUCAAUGAAAACAAAACGAUGACAAGUUGUGGUCUACAGACAUUGAAUACACUGAUGGUUGUAUAUUCUGUGCUUCUGUCAACAGCGCUGUCUGCACAUUUUCGGGUCUGUGAGCCAUAUACAGACUACAGGGGCCGUGAACAUUUUGGAUUCCACUGCCCACGUCUUUCUGACAAUAAAUCGUACAUCUUUUGCUGUCACCAUAACAACACCGUGUUUAAAUACUGCUGUAAUGAGACGGAGUUUCAGACUGUUAUGCAGAUGAACUUAACAGGGAAUGCAGAUGGAUAUAUGCAUAAUAAUUACAGUGCAUUGUUAGGAGUGUGGAUCUAUGGGUUUUUUGUUGUGGUCUUGCUGAUACUAGACCUUUUAUAUUACUCUUCAAUGAACUAUGAUAUUUGCAAACUAUACCUAGCAAGAUGGGGCAUCCAGGGGAAAUGGAUGAAGCCGGAACCAAGCCGUUGGAUUAAGCCUUCUCAGGACCCAAGACAAGUACAGGCUCAGCCUCAACUUCAUCUUCAAACAUCACAGGCUGUACAUACAAUAAAAGGAGAAGUUUUAAAUCCACCACUGAUGUCUUUUCCAAGUUCAACAGCCUGCAGGGAACAGGCAGGAGGGCGAAAGUCAGUUGCUCUCCAGCCUCAUCCAGCAAUGCUUUAGAAUUGCUAAUGGCCUCCCUGGCUGGAGACAAUGAAAUGAAAAAAAAUAUUUUGACGUGCCUCAAAAUGGGAGAGCUCAGAGCAUUGUCCAAGAAAAGCAGCUUCUUCCAAAGGGAGGAAAAGACAUUAUUUUGCUGGAAAAAACUCAAACAAGAUAUUGAGUUCACUGUGUCUGAUUGCAAUAUGGAGAGAUUUCAGUGAGGAAACAGUCUGCAAGCAAUACCUUUGAGACAGAGACCUCCUCUUACGAAAGAAGACAAGCAUCUUGGAGGAACAAGUUGCUCUAGUGGACUGAGGCUGGACUUGGGCUACAAUAUGAACAUUUGGUAGAACCGUUCUUUGCCUCUCCUAUCCAUUAAAUUACAAUUUGAGUCUAGCCUCGUAAAAUAAAUAAAUGCAACUUUCACAAAA